UUCAUGUCAGUUGUCAGUAAGGUUGUCUGUCAGUUUAUGUUUUUGGUGGUGAUUUGUUAAAAAUAACAAGUAAAAUGUUUCUUCUUGAUUAUCUUUAUUUUAAAAGAUAAUUAUACCUUAAAACUCUCUUUAGUAUUAAUAUUACUUUCUCCAAUGACUUUAGAAGAUCCUUUUUUCGUUGUCAAAGAUGAAGUUUUUAGAGCAUUAAAAAAGACUAGAGGACUUUACCGACGUUGGUCUGAUUUUCAAAAUGAUUCCGACUUAAUAACAAAAGAUGAAAUUGAUUGGACUAAUACUGAAUUGAAAAAUUCUUUAAGAAGUAUCGAAUGGGAUUUGGAAGAUUUAGAAGAUACUAUAGAAAUUGUGGAGAAGAACCCUACAAAGUUUAAAAUCGACAAUAAAGAGCUGACUAAGAGAAAGAAUUUUAUUGAUUCAACAAAAAAUGAAAUAUUGUGCAUAAAAGAACAAAUCAACAUGAAUAGAGGAAGAGAUCGAGAUCUUAUGUCUAGACAGCCACUUCUAGAAAGUAGUAGUCCGGUAAGAUUAACAAACAUGCACGGCAGUACAAAAUAUGCAAAGCUAGAAAAUGAAGUGGAAAGCCCUCAACAUCAAUUUUUGAAGAAACAACAAAUGUACGAAGUUCAAAAUCAAGAUGACCAAUUAGAAGCUAUAGCUGGAAGUUUAGGUACACUAAAGACAGUGUCUAGACAUAUUGGUAUUGAAUUGGAUGAGCAACAAGGUAUGUUGGAUGAGUUUAGUACUGAACUUGAAAAUACAGAAUCCAAAUUGGACACAACAAUGAAAAAAGUUGCUAAAGUAUUGAGAAUAUCAAACGAUAAACGUCAGUGGACAGCUAUAAUAACUCUGGUUAUUGUACUUAUAAUUGUGAUACUUUUGUUUUUCAUACUGUGAUUAUCAUAUUAUAAUUUUCACUUCUACAGUUUA